GAAGCGGAAAUAGAAAAGAUUCGACUCAGCAAUCGGAAACUUCCUCAGCGAUGGCACGAACCUUCUUGAAAGUAGCCGCCCUGGUGGCUCUAGCCUCCAUCUGUCAAGCGGUCCCCACUUUUGAUGCAAAGGCCUACAUGGAUGGGAUUCUGGAGGAGAUGAGCGUCCAGGCUCGAAGACAGGAUCUGGACCCCGUCCCAGCGCAUAAUUUCCAGGUCCACCUCGAGGCCACUGGCACGAAGCCCCAUGUCGUCGCGAGGUUCCAUGAAGGUUCCUUCGAGGGCCUGGGCAGCAUUUCCACGGCGGGCCGUUGUAACUUCGCGCGCGUGAACACUGAGGGGACGAAAAUGCAGAGGGUCUGGUGUUAUGUCUCGCUGGCGAACAUCAAGCUCACAAUGAGGGCUUUUGUCGAGGAGAUCAUGGGUCGCGAGUUGGGAACUAUCACGGCAGAAACCCAAACUGGUCCCGAAGUCCUCGGGCUGAUCGAAAUCGAGAAACUCAAUGGAAAAGUCAGUGUCAGAGUCAUCGACCCUCCCGAUUUCGAUCUUACUACCAAGAUCGUCCAGGGAGAACUUCCCGUCGACUCUCACAGGUACGCGGAUUUCGAAAGACAAGUCGACCAGGAGGUCUCUGAACAGUUAUCUCAUUUCCUGAAGAAUGCAUACACGCGCCUCCUGACCACCGUCGUCGAGCGCUCCGAUUCAUCGUAGGGAAAUUGAUCGUCCGACGCUUCUGACCUUACUCUUUCAAAAUGAAAUAAAAGAGGCACGCCUCCCUAAUUGCAUUGAGAAACAU